CUAGAACACAACAUAUAACCACGGCGGCACAGCCCACAGGAAGAAGAGAGAAGGGAAAGAUAAAUUUCUCUCCGACGCAAAGGAGGCUAGCGAGCGAGCGAGCAAGAGGGAGGGGGAUUGGGGUGACGGUGUGAAGAGGAAGAGGAGGAGAUCGCCGGAGAAGAGGAGGGGCAAAGAUGUUUCUUGUGGAUUGGUUCUACGGGGUGCUGGCGUCGCUGGGGCUGUGGCAGAAGGAGGCCAAGAUCCUCUUCCUCGGUCUCGACAACGCCGGCAAGACCACCCUCCUCCACAUGCUCAAGGACGAGCGGCUUGUGCAGCACCAGCCGACGCAGUACCCUACGUCGGAGGAGCUGAGCAUCGGGCAGAUCAAGUUCAAGACCUUCGAUCUAGGCGGCCACCAGAUCGCCCGCCGUGUCUGGAAGGACUACUACGCCAAGGUCGAUGCUGUUGUUUACUUGGUGGACGCUGCUGACAAGGAGCGGUUUGCAGAGUCAAAGAAGGAGCUGGAUGGCCUUCUUUCAGAUGACUCCCUAGCGAAGGUGCCUUUCCUCGUACUGGGUAACAAGAUCGACAUACCCAUCGCAGCAUCCGAGGAGGAGCUGCGCUACUACCUUGGACUGAGCAACUUCACCACUGGGAAGGGCAAUGUGAACCUAUCCGAUUCGAAUGUGAGGCCUCUGGAGGUCUUCAUGUGCAGCAUUGUCCGCAAGAUGGGCUAUGGCGAAGGGUUCAAAUGGAUGUCUCAGUACAUCAAGUGAAAGGCCUUCCUGCUGUCUUCAGUGGCAAUGUUCAGGUUUGGUACUUUGUCACUCUCCUGAUGCUUUGGAGAAACCUGCAGCUGUAAGAAAAAGUCUUUCUAGUGGUAGGGAAAACCUGUAAGUUGAUGUUACUCAUAGAUAUGUGGUGGGGUUUCUAUUUUUUUGAUUGUUCGUGUGUAAGAUGGUUCUAUUAGUUGCAAUGUGGUUGCUGAGAUCAUCUGUAGACAUGGGAAGUAUUUCAGCUAAUGUGAUCUGGCAUCUCUACCUGUGAGAUAUUUAUUACCAA